CAUCUCUAGCAGCCUUGCUAAAAGAAGCCACAUCAAGUCGCCGAGGCAACUUUACCAUUUUACCAGCACGAAAGUCGAUGGCCAUGUCAUCGAAUUGCCAUACUUGUUAUUUGGUUAAAUGGCGUUCUGCCCGUGCGUGGCUUUCGCAGCUACCCCAAUUCUCUAUUCCCUUACACUCGCUAAACGCUACACCUCGUAUCCAGCAUGCGUACUUCCAUUAUUGCGGGUGUGGGUGCGCUGGUAGGCAGCGUGACUGCAUUGCCUCAAGGAAAUCUUCUUGGACUGCCGCUCGAUAUUGCAACGCUGCUCAAGUCCCUUGGACCGGCGCCGGCAAGUGAUCCAAGGUUUACGAACUUCAAGCCUGCUGGGAGUGGUGAUGUACGAUCCCCAUGCCCAGGACUGAACGCUCUCGCAAACCACAACUUCAUUCCUCACAAUGGCCGCAAUAACACCAUCCCCGUCCUGAUCAAGGGCCUUGCCGAAGGAAUGAACAUGGGCGCAGACUUCACCGUCGCCAUUGGCGGCGCAGGCCUCUUGGCCUCGCCUAACCCACUCGGCGGCUCCUUCGACCUCGACGAUCUGAACAUGCACAACUUCCCUAUCGAGCAUGACGCCUCUAUGUCACGACAAGACGCCGCGCUUGGUAACGACCAACCGUUUUACAACCCCAACUGGCAACAGUACAUUUCUUUCUUUGAUGGAAAAGCAACGACCGAUGUGCCCACGGCUAGCAAAGCAAAGUUCGCGCGAUACAACGACAGUUUGACCAAGAACCCAGCCUUCACAUACGGCAUUCGUGAGGCAAUUUUCAGCUACGGCGAAAACGCGAUCUAUUUGCAAGCUAUGAGCGAUCCGGUGACUGGCAAGGCGCAGGUCAGCUAUGUGAAGAGUCUGUUCGAGCAGGAGAAGUUGCCCUUCAAUUUGGGCUGGAGACCGAGCACGCUUCCAAUUACGUUGCCCAGUUUGGGCGCCAUGGUGGUCCAGUUGUAUGGGAACAGUCCGCAGCCAAUUCCUGAGGGGGCCAAGAUCCUUGCGGAUUCCUACAAAGAUGCGCUUGUGGCUGUUGCGGGAGGGAGCCAGAUCUUAGCGAAUUUGACACAGGGCAUCAGUUCGGCACUGGGAUUGUGAAGUAGUCUCGAAGUAAAAGGAGCGCAAAUGUGUUUCUGAUACACUCUUGAAUGAAUUACAUUGAGGGAUGUUGACUUAAGUCCACGUAAGGUGAAGGUGAUGUUGUACUGGUGCUGUUACUCAAUACAAAGAUCCGGCUGUUCAACGGUACUGAUUGUGAGCCAUUGGUCUACUCUCCGUCGUAGUUAUAACGAUGUCCAGUAUAAUU